AGCUGAGCAGACGCAAGGCGAGAGGGACGCGAGCUGACACCCAUCACACCGUAAAAAGUGCAAAAAGUGUAGCAUUUAUUUUGAUUCCAUCAUUCAACAUAAAAAAUAGGGAAAUAAUCUGCUUCAAAGCUUUUUAUAGAACGUCCACAUUUUAGGCAUCUUUCCGCCACACCCAAGAUAACGAGAGCAUUCGUCAGUGUUGUGUAAAUACGUCGUAGCUGCGCAGUUCCGGCUCCAAUGUCCGACGAAGAAUCUUUCAUAAUUCUGGGAUCGACUCCCACCCCGUCGAUGGAGCAGUUCGUAUCCGGUGGCGAAGGACAGUUCCGUCAGGAAUCGAUGGCCGCCAGUAAACUGAUGGCCACCUCGACCACCCAAACGAUCUCGAACAAUUUCAGUCUGAUUCAGGCGGCGGAUGAAUCACUGAAAUCGUUGACGUCGAUGAAGAUAACAACGCCGCCGAAAUCGAUGCAGCAAUUUGCAGGGAUGGCGGCUCCCGAUCCGGUAAGCAUCAAACCAAGCAAUCCCCUGGCGGCGAGUGUCAUCAUGGGCGAGACCAAGUCCAGCCUGUUUCAAACCUUUCCCAGCCUGAUGCAGUCGUCGAUGCCGCUCGAUGAGGUUCAAAUGCUUCAGGUUCUGAUGACCGAGCACGGCCAGAUGAAGGAAAGUCUCCAGAAGGCCAACUUGGCCAUGCGGAAGAAUUUCACCAACAUCCAAAGCUGGCAGGACGAGGUCAAGGACAAGUACACCAAACAGGUGCAAAAGAUCGAAGAACAGAGCGCGAUCAUCGAAAAACUGGAAGAGGAAAACGACAAGUUGAAACAGCUGGUGGUCGCCGGAGAAGCACGAGCCGCGGACCAGGAAAAGCGUGCCGCCGAGCUGAAGAUCACCCUGGAGAAAGCACUGGAUGAAGUCCAAAUGCAGAUCCAGGCGGAACGGGCAUCAGCCUUGGGCGAAUUGGAUGAACUGAAAAAGGCCCUGUCCGAGAAGGAGUCCAUUCUGAAGAACAUGGCCCGCGAAAUCGAACGGCUGGAGCUGGAGAAGCAGGAGUUCGUGGUGGUCAAACCGAACAAACCGGAUGCGAGCGACAGUGGGGCGCAAUUCAUUACCAAAGAGGAGCACGAUCGGCAGAUCAAGGUGCUGCAGCGAGAGAUGUCCGUCAUCGUGGCCAAGAAUUUGGAAUUUGAAGAUAUGAAAAAGGUCUACGUUGACGAGUUGAAUUGUAUGCGCGUCAACCUGACCGCGGCGGAGGAAGUCUUUGCCAAGAACCGCGCUCAGCUGGAACGCCAGGCGAAGGAAAUUGAAACCAAAGAUGUCUCGCUGGCCGAGAACAUUCGCGAGCUGAAGACCUUGGCCGAGCAGGUGGACGUCCUGACGGCGCAGCUGGACAUUUACAAGAAUGAUUUCGAAGCCGAACGAACGGCCCGGUCCGAACUGGCCAGCGAGAAGGACCGCGUCCUGACCGAUCUGAAGCUGCUGCAGAAGCGAAACCAGCAGCUGAUCGAAGAGGUGCAGAACGGCCGAGUCGCCGAGGAGAGGGCAACACGCGCGGCCAACGAAUCGCUGGACAAACGCGAACCAUCACCAUCACUGGCAACGAGCGCCCACGGUGUCAAGGGUGCAGCCGCUUCGGAGGAGCAAACCUACGAUCGGCCGAUCCUGUAUUGCCCGCUGUGCACUGAGGCCUACCGCGAUUUGGUCACCUUACAAGCCCACGUGGAGGAUUGCGUCGGCACGGUCUGAAUUCAUCAUCAAUAUACUAGUUGGAGAAUUUGCGUGUGGAGAAUGAUUAUUAUAUGUGUCAUACGAUCCACCGAUCGGUAUCGGUGGGGAUUUGCUGUGUUAGCGUUAAGGAACUGAAAGGGACUGUUACGGAAGAGUACGUAAGAUGAUUGAUAUUGACUUCUAGAGUAGAGAUCUUGUAUAACUUUUAAAACAUUGAACCACUGUAUUAUUUUAGCAUAUGAUUUUGUGCCGAAAGAUAAGCUAGAGAUGCCAACUUUCAGUUACAUAAAUAUUAAAUAUGUAUUGAUACUUCAACAAAAUCAGAGAAUGCAUAUAGACAUCAUGCAAUAAUUGUCUUGAAUUCUAAAUAAGAAAAACGAAAUCGGACAAUGAUGAAUUCAUUAAAAUUAAUAAACGGAAUAAAUAUUGAUAAAUCUACCUACCCUAUUCAAUGAUUAAUGUUAAAUAACCAAAAAUAAACAAAAUAGCUCUUUAGUGACCUCA